GAGCUACGACGGCAUGCGUGGGUGAAUUUGGUGUGCACAAAAAUUCAAACACAAACACGCUCCAAAAGUGAUGCCUUGAGAUACGAGUGAGCCCACUCACGCGUUUUUUUUAGAUACGAGUCGUCGUUCGGACGAUUUUUUUUGCUUUGACUUGCGAGCUAAAUUUGCGAUUCCCAGUUGACGCGUACUGCAAAAGUCAACCGAAAACAAAGAAAAUGACAAGGUUGUGUUUUGAAAAUAAGCUACAAGUCCGCUUGCGAACAAUGCAAAAGGCCAUAGACUGUCAUGGUCUGUGUUCUGGUUUGGGUUGUGGUUAGUUUUGUUCCAUGUUGUUCAUGUCGUGUGCUCAUUUAGUUAUUGUGUCCACCUAUUCUCGUCAACCUUCCUUCCACCUUGUGUCAACCAAUCAGCUCCCUCCAGCCGCUCGUGUCGUGACCAGGUGUUGCUCGUGGUCUCGUCAAUCUGUUUGUAUUAAGUUCCCUGGUUUCUUGCAGUUCUUGUUGGUUCGUUGUCAUUGUCUCUGUCUGUGCCACGUCUCGGUUGUUGUUUCCAUUUUUGGUUUAUUCAAGUGUUUCUUUGUUACUUUGGUUAUCUGUUGUGGGACUUUGUUUAGUUUGCUUUAUCCAUGUUUGCCAUUUUUGGGAGAUUUAAUAUAAUUUUUGGAGGUCCUCCAUGUUUUUGCCUUGCCUUCCUCUCCUUCAAAAACCCCAACUGUGACAUAGACGGGCUAAACUUUGGAUAAUACAACAAUAUUCCCAGGUAUAUAUUCUUUAUUCUCUGUGCGAAGAGCUACUAUUACUGCAGCUGUGACUGACUCCUCACAUGUCCGUAUGUCUGCCUCCUGGUGGCCAAGGUUGGCAUACCAGAAGGAGCGGCACCAUUUCCAUUGAAUUGUGGCAAAAUCGUUUUAAUUCUUUACAUUUUGAGUGCUGCUGCAUUACUGUAGAUUUUAUAAAGUACAAAAUUAUGGCGUGCUAUUUUUUUCUGGUUAAAAUGUUUUUUAGAAGUCUGGAACGGAUUCAUGGAACUUUCAAUUCAUGUCAAUGGGGAAAGAUGAUUUGAGUGUUUUUGCUUCACAUGUGGUCAGGGAACGAAUUGGUCAUAUCUCAAGCACCAGUGUCCAUAUAGUGUUUGUCGCUGACAUGGAGCAAGAGCAUAUUGUAUAUGCUUGUAAGGGUCUUUGUCUUUAAUUACCUCCAAAGCACUGAGUUUGAGACGAGGGACGCACGGAACAAGCUUGAGUGUGUGCGUGCGUGUGUGCGUGACUGACUUUAAAUGCACUACUUCGCUGUACGAUUUUAAAAAGGUGCCUUGACGCGCCCACCCAAGCUGCCCCCCCUCACCCCCCACCGAGCGCCACCCCCCUUGAACUUGCAUGUAAGAGACACCCGGCCGAGGCGAAAAAUAGGAAUGACGAUCCGGAGCAGGCCUCGAGGAGGGGGUAGGGGUUGACUACGUGGGGGUGGGAAUGAGUCCGAGACCAUCUCUGGUUCUUUGCACUGUAAUUAGAUCGUCAUUUAGAGCAGAGAGGCGCCCAAUAAAACAGAGUGAGACCUCUGUAGUGUAGAUCAAGCGUGACCACAGGGGAACCUCAAAAGUGCGACACAAUCUUUGACGCUGCUCGACUUCCGAGUCGUUCUAACUUCAAAACAGUGUCCCCCGAAGGUCCCGUAGGUGCUGUAGCCGAGCCACCUCGUCGCCGCCUCUAGGCGGGAGAGGAGGGGAAUGCGGAGAGAGGAGAAGCGGCAGUAAAACAGGCCGAAAUCCACGUCGGCGAGAGACUAGUAGCGUACUAGGAAGUGGUUUAAAUGCUCACCCCUUGUAGGCGCACAGCAAAAAUGCGCGCGUGUGUGUGUGUGUGUGUGUGUGUGUGUGCGCGCGCGCACAGCUCUUCAUUUUCAAUGCAGUUAGGAACAAGUGUCGCAUGCAGGAUGCAGUAAAGGACAAUGCAGCAAAACCAUGUCAUCGGUAAUCCCGUUGGAAUUAAUUGUAUUCUCAGUACUUCGGGCAAAUGUAUUUGUGCAAAAUUAGUCCUGCAUCGAACGCCACUGUCCUUCUGUUUAUUCCGUGUUGUGCGACAAGCUAGUUGGGCCUGAUUUAAUUGAACUUGCAAUAUUAACGACAAGAACGCAAACUCGCGGACUGUCCUUCCAUGUAUUUCCUGUUCCAACUUCUACAUCAGCCCAUUUAGGCGGGAAUCAAACUAGCUCGGAAUUAAUCGUACUCGCAAUAUUGCAAUGUUUGUUUGUUCAAAAGGGGUCACAUCUUAUUCUACUUUCCAUUCUUGUAGCCGCCCGUCUAGGCGACAACUAGUCGGGUCUGGAUUGAGUCUACUCGCAAUAACAAAUUUGUUCACACAAAAAGGUCCUGAGCCAAAUGCCGCUGUCCUUCUGUUUACUUCCUAAAUCAAUUCAUACUGCAGCCUGUUUAGGCAGCAAACUCCUCGGGUGUUAAUUAACCCUGCCUCAAAAAAUAUAUGUUCUGUCAAAUUCCGCCCGAUCAGCAAAUGCGGUAAAAUACGUUCAUCGCAGCCGUCGAAUGAAAGCAGCUGUCAUGCAGCGUCGUGCUUCUUCCACCUCAAACUGUCCUUUUGUCUCAAGCCGCUCGUCUUGGCUUACAGACUGCAUACUAAAAAAAAAAAAAAUUCAAAUGUCCUCAAUAAAAGCAUCUGGACCCAAAAGAGUGUAGCUUUGUCAAUCCAGAUUUGUCCUUGUUCUUUGCUCAAUCUUCUGAAAUCAGCCGAAUUGUCACUGAAGCGUUGGCAUGCGUGCCAACACCUGUUGCCUCCGCUUGACUGCCACCCAAAAACGUUGACAGACUGUCCCCAAAGCGAAGCGAGCUGACGUCUUUUUUUUUUUUGUACGUACGUGCUGUGCACAGCAGUCCACCACUGUAAUCCUCAGAUGCCGAGAAUAAAAAGUUUGUAAGAACUCGCUACUGCCCCGAGUGUCUACUCGCGCAAGUCACACUCACUCCACAGUUCGAGCCUUUUAAAAGAUGAUUCUAUGUUUUUGUACAUUGGAAAAGCAGAAAUAAAAAGUUGGCUAGAAUAUACUGCAACAUAGAUUAGGCCCUUAAUGCAUUUACUGACCAUAACAUUGGGAACACCCACAUGAGCCAAUACAUUAGUCUUUUUUAUGAAUUUCUUUUUUUUUAAAUUUUAUUUUCGUGAUUUGCAGCAAGAUGCAAUAACACCAUUAACAUUAGCCAAGUAUUUGUUUGUUCAGAUUUUCAAAUGCGUGUAGUAAGUUAUUAGUGCGUUGAUGUGAAUUUGAAAUAUUGUAAUGAUUAAAAUAAUGCACAUCGUAAGUAGUAAGUUUAUUAAACAUGUUGAUUUAAAAAAAAUAAAUAAUAAUAAAUAAAUAAAAUAGAAAGGAAGAUAGGAUUCACCCACCCCAAAAAAAACUUUCUAAUCUUGGUGGAAUUUGGGAUAUCGUCCACAGUAACAAAAAUCACCUCAGUUGACUUUAGUUUCUGUUGUUAGUUAAAUUCAAAGUUGUCAUACAAGAAGAAGAAAUAAAAAGUGAAAUAGUCAGUUCUGGUCUUAGGGCUUACAAAAGGAAUAAUGUAUCGUUCUUAUGAAAUAAGAUCCAAUAUCCUAAUUGUAUUAGGUUCUCUUUUUUUAUUGAUUUUUCAAAUUUUGGGUCAGUUUUAAGACUUGUACGUCUAUUUGCGUUUAAGAAUGGCGCCAUCUGCUGGCCAAACGGUGCAAGCGUUGGGCAGGUGCGUGGAGGCAAUUAUGCAUGUGUUCACUUCUUCACCGGAACACCGGAAUUUCCUCUCGGAGGUGGGCACGGAUGAGUCAAAAAGCCAAAGUCCCAAAAUUAGAGCCGCACCGUGCAACAACAAGUCUGGUGGGCCGCCCGGGCCGCGGGUCUAAACACGCCCAGGUGGAAGUGGCCCUUCCGCCGCUGCAAACCCGCACAUCUGCGUUGGUGGACGGAUGCGAGCGAGCAGGGGCGGUCCUUAAAUAGCAAUCGGCUCCCAGCACGACUCCACAAGCCUCCUGGCACGACAGCAGCACCAACUGCUCCGGGAUGGAGAAGGCCACGAUGCCAAGCGCGCCGGCCCGCACUCUCGCGCUCGCCCUCGCCCUCCUGCUGCAGGGCGUCCCCGGCGGCGACGCGGCGCCCAACCCGUCGCCCCUGGUGGGCUCCAACUGGGGCAGCCCGCGGAGGUUUUUGCACCUGCAGACCUCCACGGAGCUCAGUAACUUCUACUUGGAGAUCAAGCUGGACGGAACCGUGCGGAGAAGCACCAGCAGGAAUCCGUACAGCGUCGUCAUGCUGAAGGCGGACACCAGGGAGCGCGUCGCCAUCCUCGGCGUGAAAAGCAGCCGGUACCUGUGUUUGGACCUGGACGGAACCCCCUUCACUUCAGCUGUGUGUCUGCGCGACGACUGCGUGUUCGAGCACAGACUCCUGGAGAACAACCGCGACGUCUUCUACUCGGUGCGCACCGGCAUCCUGCUCAACCUGGAGGGCUCCCGCCAGGUGUUCGCGGCCGGACACAACCUGCCACCCACCUCGCUCUUCCUGCCCAAGAGCAGCACUGUGCCGCUGGAACGCCUCCUGUUGCACCGGGAGAGGCGGAACCGGCCGCGGGACCCCGCCGGCGCCGCCGAGGGCUCCGACUCCCGGGCCGUGCUGGAGGACGACGCUGAGCUGGAGCCGCAGGAGCCCGGGGACGAAGGCGCCAACGUGUCGCGGGAGUUGCUCCGGGACCCGCCGGCCCACGACCCGUGGAGCGUACAUUCGUCGAACCCUUCCAGCCCGCGCGGCAGUGGAACCGUGAGAUGAGCCUGCGAUGCGAUGCGAUGCGAUGCGAUGCGAUGCGAUGCGAUGCGAUGCGAUGCGAUGCGAUGCGAUGCGAUGCGAUGCGAUGCGAUGCGAUGCGAUGCGAUGCGAUGCGAUGCGCGAGUGAAGUGAGUGAGCAACUGCGACAAUGACGUGCACUAAAAGCGAUGUCUUGUUUUUUUUUGUUUUGUUUUUUCGCGUUGACUUGAAGACUUGCACAAAUAUGUCAUCGUCUACCGCCAUAUCAACAUAUUAUAUUGCAAGAAACACAAUCCCGGAAAAGACAAAGAAAGGGUGCCUGAAUAAAAUAAUAAUUAAAAAAACUAAAAUAUUUUUAUUUAUCUUCAUUCUUAAUUGUAGUCAUCCUUUCUUGAUGGCUGCUUGCUUAUACUUGCGUAUACUUAUUUUUUAAAAAAGUUUAAAUGUUAGUAAUCUUUUGUUCAACCCUCUUGCUAAAAGUGAAUUGUGCUCAUAUAAAUAUAGACCAAGCAAACGGCAAUGAAGCAAACAUUUUUCCUGACAGCAGGUGAGAAACGUUAUGAUUUGUAAAUAUUCACAAGCAAAAAAGCAACGUGACCUUUGAGGUUUUCCAACAGCACCAUCCCCGAACGGAGUAUUUAUUUAUUGAAAUACAUGCUUGAAUUGUAAUUUUAACUUAUAUUUAUAGACGGCUGUAUAUUUAUAUCAAGUAAUGCUGAGUGUUUGUUCACCAUGGGGCCAAAUAAAAGUGCUCAACGAAACGCUUUAAGUG